AUGGCUUUAAAUUAUGAUUAUGACGAAACUAAUGAAACUUGGCCAUUCUUUUUAUUAACUGUUUUGUUAAUGAUAAUUGUGCCGUUAACAAUUUCACAAAUUUAUAAAAUAUUUUUACAAAAGGAUAAAAAUGAAUCAAUUGAAGAUGAAGAGAAAAAAAAUAUUUUAUCAAAAUUAAAUGACAAGUAUACUUCAAAUGAAAUUAAAGAAUUUCGUGAUAUUUUUGAAACUAAGAAGGAUUCAAAUAUUUUAUCUUGGAAAAAUUUAAUAAUAAUUAUUGGUUGGAUUUCAAUUGCAAUUUUAAUUCAAAGAAUUAACUCAAAUGAUGCUAUUAUUGAUGCCGCUAAAGGUAUCUUUGAUCCUUAUGAAAUUUUAGGUAUUUCAGGUAGUUCAUCUGAAAGAGAAAUUAAAUCUGCUUAUAGAAAAUUAUCUCUUAAAUUUCAUCCUGAUAAAGUACCAAAAGAUUUAUCUGAAUCUGAUAAAAAUAUGAUGGAAGAAACUUUUGUUCAAAUUACAAAAGCUUACGAAGCUUUGACUGAUGAAACCGUUAGAGAAAAUUUCUUAAAAUAUGGUCAUCCAGAUGGUCCUCAAUCUACUUCUCAUGGUAUCGCUCUACCAAGUUUCUUAAUUGAUAGUACUUCUUCAUUAGUAUUAGUCAUUUUCUAUAUUUCUUCAUUUGUUUUAUUAUUACCUUAUUUCGUCUCUCAAUGGUGGAACAAGACUAAGCUUUAUACAAGAAACAAUUUACAUGUCAAGACAGCUGGUUCUUUUGUUUCAAGAUUAGUUAAUUAUAAGCCUUCUCAAAUUGCUACAGUUGAUUUAAUUAUUAAUUGGUUAUCUUAUGCUGAAGAAUUUAAAUUAUUUUAUCCAGAUUUAACUCCAGAAGAUUUUGAAAAUUUAUUACAAGACCAUAUUCAUAAUAGAGAUAGUAAAAUUAAUGGUAAAGAUGCAAAUAUGAUGAAAUUUAGAAUUGUUGCAAAAUGUCAUACUUUAUUACAUGGUUUCCUUGAAGUUUGUUGUGGUUUUAGAAAUCUUGAAAUGGCAAUUGUCUGUAUGGAUACUUUUAAAUGUAUCGUUCAAGGUAUUCCAAUGUCAAAGGAUUCUCAAAUUUUACAAUUACCAAAUGUUAACGAAGAAAUUUUUAAAAAUGGUUCAAUUGAUGAAAUUCAUACUUUAGGUAAAUUGUUUACUUUUGAUAAUGAAAAAAUUGGUAAAAUUCUUGGUAUUAAAGAUGAAGCAAAAUUAAGUGAAACUUUAUCUGUUGCAUCAAACAUUCCACAAUUUAAAUUAUUAAGAGCCGAUUUUGUUGUCCCAGGUGAAGAAUAUGUUACACCUUCAUCAACUCCUUAUAUUUCAAUUAAAGUACUAGUGCGUUCUGCUAAACAAAAAAUUAUUCCAACUGAAAAGUUUCCAACUGAUUUAUUAAAGGAAUCUGAUGAUUUUGAAGAUUUGAAAAAUCCAUUCGCUUCAAUGGAAAGAGAACCUUUAAUGCCAACUUCUUUUGCACCAAAAUUCCCAACUAAGAGAAGAAAUACUUGGUGUUGUUUAAUUGCCUUACAAAAAGAUAUUAAGAUUUUACAAACUCCAUAUAGAUUAGAAAGAUUAUCAUUAUCUAAUUUAUCAAAGGAUUUAGAUAAAAGAGCCAUUAAGGAACUUGGACCAGAUUUCAAUCCAGAAGAUUGGGAAAUUGGUUUCAUUAAAUUACCAUUAGGUCAACAAGCACCAGCAGAAUUAGGUAACAUUUAUAUGAGAGUGGUAAUCAAAUCUACAGAUUAUUUCGGUGCCGAUUUGGAUUUGACUAUGAUGAUGCAAGUUCGUGAACCACCAAAGGUUGACGAAUUAAAAGAUGAUAUAUACAAUGAUGAGGACUCUGAUGAAAAUGCAAGUGAUGAUGAGGACCUUGAAGAUGACAGUGAAGAUGAAAGUGACUACACAGAUAUCGAUACCGAUACAGAAGUCGAAGAAGAUGAGGAAGAAGAAAAAGAAGAAGAAACUAAAUAG